GCUCGCCGGCUCCUGGGGGUGGAGCAAGAUGGCGGCGGUAACGGCUCUACCGAUCUCCCUCUCGGGCAGGUUUAAGGGGUCCUUUGCGUAUUAUACAAUCAAAGACAGACUGCCCCAGAUCCUCACAAGAGCUAUUGAUACUCUGCAUCGACAUAAAAAUGAAUUUUUUGAAGAACAUGGUGAGAAAGGUGUUGAAGCAGAGAAGAGAGCUAUAUCUUUCCUCUCCAAGCUGCGGAAUGAACUGCAGACAGACAAAGCAAUGACCCCUUUAGAAGACGAGCUGCCCGAUGCUGUGCUGUGGAACCAGCACCUAGACUACCAACGAAAUUUGUCAAACGGAAAUGGAGAACCGAGUUGGUUUCAGUCCCCGUGGUUAUUUGUAGAGUGUUACAUGUAUCGAAGAAUUCACGCAGCGUUAGCACAGAAUCCGCCUAUUGACAACUUCGAUGUAUUUAAGGAAGGAAAGGCUCAAAAUUUCUUUGAAUCCCAAGAGGCUGUUAUUGCCUUAUGCACUUACUUUCAGGAACUUCUUAAAAACAUCAAGGAUCUAGAUGAAAAGCAACUUCAGGAGGAACUUUUUAAGCUAUUGCAGGUGUCGUUGUGGGGCAACAAAUGUGACCUUUCUUUUUCAGCUGGUGAAGAGAUGUCUCAGAAAGCUAGUCCUUUACAAUCCCUGGAAAACAUGAUACCUUACAUUAUAGUAAAUGAUAUGGAAAAACUUUGGUCACUACUUCUAAACACGAAAAAGAGAAAUACAGAAAAAAGCAAUGUUAGAGUUGACAUAAUCCUGGAUAAUGCUGGAUUUGAACUUGAAUCUCAUGAUCAGGGUCUUUUGGACAUGUCUGUCACUAGAGAGCAGAUGAAUCACUAUCGCGCUGCAGCUGAAACUGCUCAAAGUGAACUUGCAGCACUUUCAGUGAAGUAUGAUUGUGCUCAGUCAGAGCUUCUUGAACUCAGGUCCAGAGUGGUCGCUAAAGAAGCCUCUUUUCAAGAGCUGAAGGCUGAAGCUGAAAGCUACAAGGAAAACAAUGCUAGACAGAUGUCUCGCCUCCUGUCUUUGCAGACCCGAAUUCAGGAGAUGGAGGAAGAGGCAUGUGUGCUUGCCACUUCUAAAAGUCAGACUGAGCUCACAGCUCAGGUGGCAUUCAAGGAAAACCAGGAGUUGAAGGAAGAGCUUCAGGAGCAAAAUGCCAAACUUAAUAAAUAUUUGAAUGAGUGUGAAGAAAGCAUGACUCAAACUUCUAGAAUCAACAGAAAAUAUGAAGAAUUCCUUACACAACUUUCUGGAUUCUUAGACACAGACAUCAGAGAAAAGGAGAAACCACAGGAACAUUUGAUGUUAAAGGUCUCUGAAAUAUGUAAAGAAAAUCUGGCCCUAAAAGACCAAGUUGCUGUUCUUCAAGAAGCUAUCAAUGUGCAUGAGAUGGAGUCCAAGGCUAGUAGAGAAACUAUCAUGAGGCUUGUCUCAGAAGUGACCAAGGAGCAGAAAAAGACAGCAGGAUGCUAUCAAGACAUGGAAAAACUUAGUAAGGAUUUCUGUGAACUCCCUCCCUUGACCAGUUGCCUUUCUUUAUGCCCUGGGAGGAGGCAGCUAUCUAGUGAUCAAUUCAACAGAUUGUGGAUUCUGAAAUUUUUGAUGAAGAAAAUGAAUGCCAGUUGGUUAUGUUUUAAGGAUCUUGACAGUGCUAAAAUAGGGAGACAGAGUUUGGAGAUUGAGAUCAGAAACCUCCAAGAUAAACUGACUGAUAACCAGAAAGCUUUGGAUGCUUCAAAGCAGGAACUGCACAAUCUGAAGAAAUCUUCCAGUGAACUGGAUGGAAGUUUGAAAAGCAGCAGAGAGGAGACCAGGACUGCUCAGAGCUCUUUAGUGGCUUUUAAAGAACAAAUUGCUACCCUGCUCAGUGGUGGAUCUGCAAUAGUCAAACCUUCUGAGAAGGCCAUUUUGGAGAGGAUCCAAGAAAUAAAUUGCAAGGAGGAGAGUGAAGAAAUAAUAUCUCGGCUCAAGACCCAAAUAUCUAAACUGACUGAAGCUUUGGAAAAUCAGACCAGAUUGUAUGAAGCAGCUCUGGAGAGGGGCAGAAAAGCUGAAAAAUGUUCUGAAACUUUCCAGGAUCAGCUGAAACACUUGGAAGAGGAAUUAUUGUCUCUAGAUCUGAUGAAGGAUGGAUUGAAGCUUGAGAAACAAAAAUACAUGAAAUUUCUGGAGCAACUUAAUGAGAAGAUGAAGCUGGAUAACCUAGCAGCAGAAGUUGGAUUUGAUAUGAACGUGAAUGCAAUUCUAGCCCGAGUAGAGCAGUUAGUGAAACUUGAAGGUGAUGCAGUGAUUGAAAACAAGACUAUGGCAUAUAGCCUAAGAAGGAAGUUGAAGACUCAGAAAGAAAAACUUGAAAGCAAAGAGCUGCACAUGAACCUUCUGCGGCAGAAAAUAACCCAGCUGGAAGAAGAGAAGCAAGUAAGGAGUGCCUUAGCUAUGGAGAGGGAUGAGGCCAAUCUCACUGUCAGAAAGUUACAUAAGAUGAUAGAGAGGUUACAAAAGCAGCUUGAUCUGGCAAGGGAAAUGAAUACCGAUCUCAAAGCCAAGCUGUCUGAAACCAAUGAACUUAAGAUCAAAACUUUGGAGCAGAACAGAACAAUAGAGGAACUGAAUAAGUCUCAAGGCAAAUUGGAAAGAAUGAAAGAAAAGGCUGAGAAACAACUUAGCUCUGUCAAAUCAGAACUUCUUUUAAAGGAGCGUAAAGCUACUGAUGAUAAAGAAAAAACCAAAAAUAUGUUAGAAGCAGUUACCAGUGAGUUGAAGAUGCUUAAAACAACCCUUGCAGAAUUAGCAAAAAGAGAGAGACAGCUGGCAGAUUUCCGAGAGGUGGUCUCACGGAUGCUGGGCCUCAAUAUUGCCAGCCUGGCUCUUCCUGACUAUGAAAUCAUUACACGUCUUGAAGGGUUGAUUCACACUCAUCAGCACCACUGUUUCCCCUGUGUCUGCCUCAAAGACAUGGCAAGGGCACCAGAAGAACAUUCACAAAGAAACAUACAGCUUCUUCACUGAAACACAUGUUUUGUAAGGAGAUAGAGCAAAGUAAAAUUUUCUGCUGUGCUUCAUUAUCUACUAGACAUGCAUAGAAAACAGAUGUUUAUUUCUGUUCCCUACUUUACAGAUACCAGCUUGGGCUGAUUUUUAGUGUUUCAGUAGGGAGACUGAGCCAAAUGGGUAAAGCCAGAGGCCUAGAGACAGCAAACAGAAAAUCCCUGGGCAGCAUCAUGCUUCAGUUAUUAAUUAUAGGCAAUUAUGUGAACAAUGUAUAGCCCUCCACUUUCAUUGCAGAGAUGCUGAAGGCAAGGGCCAACAAAAGUCAAUUCAGUUUUGGGAUGUACUUCCUAAUGAAUCUCAGCUUCAGUGACAUUCCUUGUGCUUUACCUGUGGGUGAGAGGGAUGAACUAAAGUGAGGGUUGUCUCGCUGUUCCUCUUGCAAAAUGGGACCUCUCUCUGCAUUUUUAUACUGAAGAACUUCUAGACAGAAGACUGUCACGAUUUUGGAACAAGGGAAUUUUUUAAAAAAUUCUGUUGUUUUCCUUAGUUUGUUCUUGUGCCAAAACAAAAUGUUAUACUUUUUCAGCAAAGGCUCAUUCACAAGGUCCAGUUACGUGCUUGAUGUAGAUGUAUUUGGUAAAACUGCAUAUUGCCCAUGUCACGAUGCCUUGAAAAUUUUUCUUCUAGCUGCUGUAUUAGUUGGGCAAUAAGUGGGAGUUCUUCUGAGUUAGUAAAAAGUUAUUUUAAAAUCCUUAUCUGCUACAGAAUAUAAUUGAAUUACUAAAGUCUUUGUUUUCUGAAAAGCAAUGAUGAGGUGUCCAGAGCUACCUAUUAAUCAGAAAAGCUGCUUAUCUGUUACCCUUUCUGGGUGUUGUUAAAUGUCAUGAUUUUUAAAAGAAAUUUGAAGAAUAAAUUUGCCUUCCUAGCAGGCUCAAAUGUGAUUCUGUGGUUUUAGUUGUCUCUUCCCAUUACGUAUUUUGUAUGGAUAUUUAGAACAGUAAAGAAGACUUAACUAUGUCUAACCAAUUGUGGACUUUCUACAAUAUCUCAGCAAAUGAUAACCCACUCACCAAAACUGAGCACACUAUUUGAAGAAAAAUUAAACUUUUUAAGUAAGUGUGGUAAUUUUGGUAUCUGGCUAGGGACUCAAAGCAUGAUAAAUUGCUUUUAUUCUACUUGCCUCUGAAGAAUCACUUUUCAGUGUCUUGUUGGUAAAGAAACCCCAAGGUCCUACAAAAUCAGUCGUUUGAGGAGUAAUGGUAAAUGAGAUGUUCUUAUGGUCCUGUGGCUACCUGGAUUAAGAACCAUUUCCUUUCUCAUUUUAUAAUGUAACUUUGAUUUUCAGU